GCCAGCGAUGCGGAGAUAUCCGAUCUGUCGAGAUGGCAGAGGUGGAAGAAACCCUGAAGCGGCUUCAGAGCCAGAAGGGCGUGCAGGGGAUCAUUGUGGUGAACACGGAAGGCAUUCCCAUCAAGAGCACCAUGGACAACUCCACUACCACACAGUACGCCAACCUCAUGCACAACUUCAUCUUGAAGGCACGCAGCACCGUGCGAGAAAUUGACCCCCAGAAUGACCUCACCUUUCUUCAAAUUCGCUCAAAGAAAAAUGAAAUUAUGGUUGCACCAGAUAAAGACUAUUUCCUGAUUGUGAUUCAGAAUCCAACUGAUGAAAUGAACCUGACAGAAGAGCUUCAAAUGGAAAAAGGAAAGCAAACUUAA